UGUUGUCAAUCGUUUCGUUCGCAUCGCAUCGCGUCGCGUCGCGGAAAAUCGAGACAUAAAUACGGAAAACAAAGAUAUAACUCCGACUCCGGCGACUUCCGCAGCGAACGGCAAUGCGCUCGAGUUGAGGGCGCGGCGAUAACUAUGUGCGUGUGGGAGCGAGUGCGAGUAUAGCACACACACAGUGAUCACGCCAGUAAUCAGCCAGCAGCAAUUAGCGAGUGACCAAUGAGCACGGGCAUUGGCAGCAGCAGCACCUGUACGGAGGAGCAGCACCUGGACCUGGGCGCGGACUUGGAGGCGUGCUCCCUGCUGGGCCAGCAGGACCAGGACCCGUCGAACGUCGAUACCGGCAGGACACGCGCUAAGCAGCGCCUCAGCUUGAACGGGAAGCGGCGCCGCAGCCGGAUGUCGCGCAGGGCCAAUCUGAUCGGCAUCUGCGGCGUGAGCAGCCUGUGCAUCCUGCUGCUGAUCGCCACCACCCAGCACCGUCCGCUGACCACACCGUUUAACCAGGCGGCGGCUGGUCGGGAUCAGGGCGCGGGCGGUGGUGGUGCCGCGUCCGUAGAUGGCGGUCCAUCCAAUUCGCUGGCGCGCAGCGCCUUCUAUGAUCGCUUCCAGCAGCAACUGCAGCAGCAGCAGCCGUCGCAGACGGCCGUCUACAAUCUGACAGCUACUAUAGUGGAUGUCCUGUCGGCUCAACGGUCGCGCAUCCUGGCCGAAAUGGAGAACUUCGAGUAUCCGCGCGGCGGAGCUGAGCGCCUGGCGGACAUGACGCCGGAGACGAACGGCACCCCGGUGCGCAGUGUGGUAGUCACCUCUUGGCGCUCCGGCUCCACCUUUCUGGGCGACAUACUCAAUUCGAUUCCGGGCAACUUCUAUCACUAUGAGCCGCUGCUUGACUUCGGCAUCAAACAGAUCCGCGAUCCCGACGACCAGGAGCUGGCCGUGCAGAACCUGAAGAACCUGCUCAACUGCGACUACGCCGACAUGAUGGACUACCUGAACUUCGGCAAGACGCACACCUAUCUGUUCGAGCACAACACCCGACUGUGGGACGUCUGCCGGGAGUUUCCGCGCUUCUGCUGGCGUCCAGCCUUCCUCACGCGCUUCUGCCGCCUCUUCCCCAUCCAGAGCAUGAAGACCGUCCGCCUGCGACUCGCCCAGGCCGAAAAGCUGCUCGAGGACCAAAGUCUCUCCAGCGUGCGGAUCGUGCUGCUGGUGCGGGAUCCACGAGGAACGAUGCAGUCGAGGAGACAUCGCGUGUGGUGCGGAGGCAACGAGGACUGCGAGGAUCCGCGACUGGUGUGCCAGGAUCUGCGGGAUGACUACAAGACAGCGGAGGUGCUGCUGCUGAAAUAUCCGUCUCGUUUUAGGACUGUUCGUUAUGAGGACCUAUCCCUGAGCCCCAGUGAGAUGACCCAGGAUAUUUUGCAGUUCUAUGGCUUGCCAUUUGAUCCUGCAGUGGAGGAGUUUUUGGACACGCACACCAAGGUGAACAUUGGAGGUGUCAGUUCCACAUAUCGUGAUUCCAGAUCAGCACCAUUCCAUUGGAUGCAGGAUCUAAAACCGGAAGAGAUCAAGCAAAUCCAGGAUGUCUGUACUGAGGCGAUGGAUUUGUGGGGCUAUCGCCGCAUUGAGAACUUCGACAACUUCUCCACCACCCAGCAGACCUUCGAUCCAAUGGUGAUGCCGCCACCGUUCACGUGAAGCGGUCCUAGUGUUAGCGGAUCGUUUACGAUAACUGAUAUGGAUAACUAAUUCUUCUACUUGGUACAUUUUGUUGUGAUAUCGUCGUGUUGAGCGAGCAAAAAAAAAAAAUAAGAAAAGAACGGAAGCAAGCAGCGAGAUAUAGUAGACCGAUUGGAUGGAGCAAGUGGGUGCAUUGUGAAAACUCAUUCAUAGCGGGCACAUUUUUGCUACACACGCAAACACACUUAACUGGGCAAUAGUUCAGAAUAUAUGUAAACUGAAUAUACAAUAUGAAAUGCAUAAUUUUAGUAAUUGGCGAAUUUUGUGUAGAGAGUAAAGCGGUACGAAAACCAGUCGAAUAUCAGAUUUACAUUUAGGCCUAGAACUUAAGCAAACAAUAACUGAAAACUUAGUAUAUUUAGGGCUGCGUAUAGUGGAAUGUUUACUUGGCUUUUUGAUGUAAAUUAUUUAGGCAAACAACUUUUGUAAUUCGGCUUAACAAUGAAAUCCAGUGAUUUAGCAUAUAACAACCAAAACGUAUCACAGAGAUAUUAAACAGAACACAACGUUUGAAAUUAAUCGAGAUGCAAUUAUACAAACAUGUUUGGCAAACCAAAAACUGUGCAAUAUUAUCAAAUUGGAAGAACGAUUAAAUUUACCCUAGUAUCAAUUUAGACAUAAAUUUUCGAAUGAAAAUUAAAACUAUAAAAAUGUAUUAAGAAGAGCAAUGGGCACUCAAUUCCUACUCAUAAGUUUCCUUAGGCAUAAAUUAUUUGUAUGGUUAUUUAGUUGUAAUUGUAAUUAAAUUGUACUAUACUUUAUGUCCUUAUUAUAUAAAUGAGUUAUAUUCGUUUUCUUUUUCCAAAAACGAAGCCCAGUUCAUCAAUAGAUACGUUUAAAGAGUAAAUGGAUGUUUAAUAAAAAGAAGAAUCCAGCAAUAUUUGCAUAAUUACACUUAUUAAGCAAGAUACCAACUGAAUAAACAAUGAAUUAUAAAAAUAA